GUGCAACAACAUUAUAUUGGAACCAACUUCGGAGCUUGCAGACAGCCUAUCGCCAAAAACUGUGUCUUUGGUUUCUUGCCAGUAUUCUUAAUCAGACAUGUCUCUGAAAACUCUGCCGAUGCUAUUCCUCAAUCUUGGGGGUGAAAUGAUGUACAUCUUAGACCAGAGGCUACGUGCACAAAAUAUCCCUAAAGAGAAAUCUCGGAAGGUCAUGCAUGAUAUUGUUGGAACAAUGCUGAAUGGAAGAUUUAUGACUGAGCUCUUUAAACCACAAGAUGCAUACUCAAAGAAGGCUAUGAGAACUGUUUUUGACAAACUUGCUCAUGCGUCAAUCAUGAGGCUUAAUUCUGCAAGCAUGGAUAAGCUUUAUGAUCUGAUGACCAUGGCAUUUAAACACCAGGUCAGUUUAUGCCAAAGACCUCAAGAUAUCCUUCUUAUAACGCUAAACCACCUGGAUGCCAUGCGAGAGUUUGUCAAGGAAAACGAAACAGUGUUGCAGCAAGUGGAAAAUGUCUUUGCAUUGCUAAAACAGCACUACGGAAACUUAUGUCCUGGGCAGUUUCAGCUAAUAAGGAUGACCAUACUCUCUUUUUUCCAAGACAUGCAUAUAAGGGUGUCAAUUUUCCUGAAAGACAAAGUUCAGACACCUAAUGGUAGAUUCAUAUUGCCAAAGGAUGGGCAAGUUCCUUGGGACACAGAAGUACCAGGAACCAUAAGACUUUUUGAGAAUGGAAAGCAGGCUAAAACAAAGUCAUUCAAAACCAGUGUGAAGUGCCAACUUGCUGACAAGCCAGGAUCUUAUGAGCUCCUUGGUGAUAGAGUGACAAAACUCGGAAGAAACAUGUAUGAAGCUGCUAGGCAAGUGGAUACCACUAUUCAGAAUUCUGGGCCUAAGCCUGCACCACAAGCUGCUCCUGAACAGGAUUUGGAAAAUCGAAACCCUCUUGCCAAAGCUGAACUAAAUCUUCUUUCAUAUCUAAUAGCAGGCGAUCGACAGUCUAGUGGGAAUUCAUUCAGGCUUAAUCUAUUUAGCACAGACGAAGAAGAGCAAAAUGCCGAGAAGGAAUACGCAAAAGUUCGCCAUCGAGAAAUACUUAUAGAUGCAACACAGAAGAAGCAACAAGGAGCCUUAAGUCAGCUCAUGAACGAGUUCUCCAUUGAAGGAACAACCGGUUCUACUGAUAAAGGCGACGAUUUGCUUGAGCUAAUGGAUGCUGCUUCGAAAUGAACACAAACUCUUCAACGUUAUAAUUUAAUAACAACGAAAAUUAAAAAGGGUAGCGGUUCAAGUAACUGCUGUCAAAAAGUAGGGACUUCAACUAGUAGGGUUUCGCUUAUCAAAUUCUAUUUAACCUAUCUUGUUUUUUCAUCAAUAUUUCCGUCACCUUUAUCAAUGUUUGGCCAAAGUGAAAUACCUUUGUCAACAAAAGUUUGUUUGUCGUGUUCUUCAUUCCUUAUUUUGAUUCUCAAUUAUAACAAGAACAUUAUAACAAGGAAGAUGGCAUUUUUUGGACAUGUUGUUGGAGAAUCCAGUGGGAAAGUAUUUUGUAACAUUAUUGGAGGUUACAUCUGUGGACUAAGAUUACCAGGAAAGAAAAGAAGAAUGUGGUCAGAUGAUUUCAAGGAACGGGCGAAUAUUGAUAAUUAUGGCGAUUUUAAAAGAAUAGCAAACAAUAGAGUUUGGCGGAAGGUAAUGAUUGGCAACCUGCAGUACACAUAGAUACAUAUCAACAGGACUGAAUGAAUGAACAAGAAAAUGAUUCAUAUACCCCGCAACUAAAAAAUCUGCAUCUCUUCAAAAACAAACGAAUAAUAAUUCAGAAGUGGGGGAAUAAUUGUGCAUGACGGUGUGGGCGAGGGGAACACAAGGUUCAAUUUUGGGCCUUUUGCUGUUUUGUUGCCAGCAAUGCAGCCGAGCUUUUAAGCGAUUGUAAUUUAGUAAGAUAAGCCCUUCAUUUAAGAGCUAGCAAACGUUUGCACAACCCUUGCAAAAGAUAAAAAAAACUGAGAAUUCUAGCUUGCUAUUGUUGCUGAAGAUUUUGCAGGAACGAAAUUUGAGAAAAAGUCUUUAGACUGCUUAUUCUGUACGGAUUGAUAACUUCAUUUCCCAAUAAUAUUUUGAUGUAAGCAAUGGGUGUUUCAAAUGCAAAUGGCAGAAUACAGCUCUGGUAACUAGUGACCUUACAUGGUAUAUCGUCUGUUUACUUCACUACAGAGUGUACAUUUUUCAAAGCAAAUUACUGAUUUUUGAAUCAUUUGUAUCAACACUAUGUCAGUCGUGUCUGAUUUUACCUCAGCCCAUAACGUACAGCAUUGGCAACAUCAGAGCAAGCAAUGUUUGGUUGACUAGUUUGUAAAAAUAUACCCGGAAUCAAACCUUUUCAACACAAUAUUUUCAAAAAAACCACAAAUAUACCUUGCGACUCAACCCGAACAAGCGCAAUUUUUAAAGUUCUAGGGCAAGUUGUCUGUGAUCUAUUUGAGUCCAGCCUCACUUGGGUCAGAGAAAAUUUGAUUAGCUGCAGUGUUAUUGCCAUGGUGACAUGAUAUCUCUUAACUUUGUUUCAUUUUCUACGUUCAAAGUCACUAAUUUCAAGUUAUUUGAUUGUCAAGCCAUAUCAGGUAUCUAAAGAAACAGAAUUUGAGUGUAUCGAAGUUCUGGAUGAAGCUUUAUGUGCAAUGGGAAGUUUUCACUUGUAUGGGAUGACAGAUCUUGGAAACGAGUUGUUUUUCAACUGCAAACAACGGAUGAGAUUUUCCAAUCAAACAGACACCCACCUGCACAAGAGAUGCUACAAAAAACAUUAAUUCUUGCAGGUGACAGGGAAGCAACUGUAUAUCUCAAUAUACACCAAAUUUCGUAGUUAUCUAGUGGAAAAACUUGUUAGCUCCUAUCUGUUAUUUUAAACAUAGCUUUUUAACACAAAAAUGUAAAAAAAUGUUAUCGAUCGCACAAAGGUAUAUAUCCGAUUAAAGAUAUCACGCUUUGACAUGGGAACAGGAUCAUUUUUGAGCUUCGCGAUCAGCUGUGUCUAUGGAAAAUCUUUAUAGUAUGUUUUUGUCUUGGUCUACACUUGUGCCGAUAAUUUCAUCAGUUCAGUUGAUUCUGAUGCACAUAACCGCCGAGAAACAAACAAGCAAUAACGAUAUUGCAUAAAGCAGCAUAGCAUAAGUGAAGAAUUUGUGCCAAACCAACAGAACGCGUUGUGGUUGAAUGGCGUUUAGAAAACCUCCUCAUACUUUAUACUCAUCGCCAAGGUCGGAAAGCAAAUGGCUUAGACAACUUAAUCAACUUAAAGAAGACUAGGGUUAAAAUUAACAAAAGGUACCAUAAAUCUAUCUGAAACCCAUAUAUGCUACGAAAUUUUGGCAAGAGACGACGACUUGAAUUGUUAUUAUGACGUCAUAUUAUCAGGUUUUGACAGCUAGAUUUUGAUUUAGUUCAUAUAAAUACCAGUAAAGUUGUAAUAAUGGUAGACGUUUAAGAGUUAUAAUAGUUGAAAAUGAGCUUACAGCGAGACUUUAAGGGGAGCUGGUGCUUGAAUGGCGAGAAAAUUUCAGUGGUAGAGUUUUUAUGUUGCGCAAGUCAUAGAAUGGAAAAUAGAAUGGGAACUAAUUCGGCUAAAAAGGAUCCAAGGAAGGCAAAGAAAAGCAAAAUAGACAAGAAAACAAAGGAUACAUUUGCUAAGCUUUUGAGUGUGGACAAACAUUUGCCAAGCCAAAGGCAAGAAGACUACACUACAAGUUUUCCACUUCCUCCUAUCAGCCGUGAGAUUAACCCAACAUCAGCUGCACAAACAGAUUCAUUUCGGAAGGAAACGGCUAGGCCAUCAACCGAGAGCAAGAUAACAAAGAAACUGCCUCCGAUUAUUGAACAAACAGAAAAGAGGCUCACAUUGGAGAAAAGAGCGCGAGAUCAGGCCCUAACAUACACUCUAUGGAAAACGCCUCCGUUGCGGUCAGUCUAUAUCAGAUGGAAAAGCACAAAUACCUCUGUAGCUUUUUGCGAUGUGCAUACAAUGAUGGGCUUUUUUAGGCCGUAUGGACCGAUCGAAAGAGUAGUUUAUUCUUCCUCGAACAGUGCCAUUGUUGUUUUUAAUCUAAUCAGGUCAGCUUGCAGCGCCGCAGCAAAUGCAAGCCAAAAAUUAUCACAGUAUUCGCUGUUUGUCGUGUGGCUGCCACAGUAUUUGCAGGUACCCAUGGAGAAAAGCUUUAAAAUUCGCUAGAUGUUGGUUUAUUUUCAAUUAUCUGAGUAAAUUCGUGUUAUUUAUCAUUUCCCUGCCUUUGUCAUGUUUUCUGAAACUAAUUCGAUGAAUAAUGGGAAGCCAUUCCCAACAAGCCUGAAUGUGACAUGACAUGCAACAGCAAAGCAUGAAUAAGUUAUCUGAGUUUACUGAGUGGCUGGCGCUCGCAGAUGAUACUUUAAGACAACUUUGAGCAGAUCAUGUCAGUUUUGCGUAGGUACUUCAGCAAUGAGAAAGCACAAAAAAUUAUCUUUUUCGAGUUGUUAAAUCUUGGAGGACUUGUCUCGAUAUGGCCGUCCAGGUAGAAUUUUCAAAAGCCUGUGUUUUGUAUGCCCUGUGAUAUACUGACUGAAUGCCAGAGUCCACAGAAAUUAUCUAUACAACUAGUUUAUAGUCAGGGAAAUCUAUUUUAAAGAGAAGACAACACAAUCAAUCAGUUAUUUGAAGUUAUAGCCGCUAGCUCCUCGCUUUCGAUACUCCUGAUAGUUACCUUCCAAACCGAAUCACAAAGAUGAAAAUUGGCUGUACAUUAAGCUCAUCAAAACAGAUUUUGAUCUGUUUGAGUCCUUUUGGAUCUUUUCCUUUCAAUGUAUUCACUAGUGAUCUGAUUUUUUUAUACAAACAUAAAUGGAGAUAUGUAACUUGACUAAUGAAAUAUCAAUAAGGACUGAAGGAGGCACUUAAUAUUCUAUAGCAUGUGAAAUCACUCAAUGCCAAAACCCAGCGAAUUGUAAACAUCGAUAAAACCAAUUUCAAACGGAAAUUUAAUAGGAAAAAAUUACGCAAAAAGGUUAUCCAGAAAGUACAGGCAAUGUCUCUGAACGAGUUCAAAAACAAAAAAGGCAUUGAUCACAAAGCUGGCCUUGAUAAGUUGCAGUUAACCAGUAAAAAACCAACUGUAAAAAGGUUUGGUACUACCAUUAGCGUAAUUUUUUAUGGCGCCGCAUGUUUAGGCAUGCUAAAAACAGCACGAUUUGUUUUUAAAAUUUUAUUUGCAGCUUGCGUAUGUCUUUUAUUGUAAAGUAACAUAUAAGAACUUGGAAGGAAGAAAAGAAACGAAAAUAAGAAGAAAAACUGACAAUGGGUUCAAAAUGUUACAAAUAAUAUGAUACUUAACUCAAACAUCUAAACAUAACCAAAAUCUUUUCAAACAAUAUUUUUUUUGAACUUUUCCAAACAUAUUACAGAGUUUGGACUAAGCCUACGUAAAGUAUAGCCUUUUAAUGAGUUGCAAAUCAAACAGUACAUAUACGCGCAGAUGUUGGUGAAACGAAGUUUAAAGUUGAGAAUAAUUAAGCUUUUUAAAUUUAUAUGUUUUUACUAUCCAUGCUGAAAUAGUUAAAAAGCCUUCCAUUGAUGACAUGCAGAUAGACAAACCAAGCCUGGAACUAUCAAUAUAUCACUGUUGCCUAAAAAAAUUUGACAUCUUCUACCAACCCUCUCCUUCGCCCCCGUACAAUGUUGAUUUAUUUUCUCCGUAUCUCCAUACGCCUUUCAGUGACAAAAGUCUUACAUUCAGCAUCCAGCCGGUGUAGACUGAGCACCAUUGUAAUGGAGAGAAGGGGGAACUUUCAAGGAUUUACGAGGAACAGAAGGGGAAACUUCCUCUUAGACUUCAAAGUGAAACAAUUCUAAAGGCUUUUUUAUUCUCACGACUUUUGCUACCAAUGCAACAUAAAUUGAUCGAUAAAUAUAAGGCUAAUACUGCAGAGGGGGUUUGGUGUGGACUACUCAUACAAUAGUACCUGGAAAAGAAAAGAGAACCAGGAGAAAUGAUGGCCGUUAACUUAUCUGGAGGGCAAAUCUUCGAGAGCAGGGCAUUUUUAUACCAUUUGAGCCUGAGAUUCAAGGCAAUUGGUAGUUCAGAGCCAUUGACAAUUUUUUGAUGAAAAAACCCGCACCACGAUGGAGGAUAAAGACGAAGUCAAAAACUACCCUUAAAAUAUUUUUCUAAAAAUCUACAUCAUCAUUUUCCAGACAGCGGCCUGUUUGGAAACACAAACAAGUCACCAAACUUGCAUCAGGUGGAAAAAUUGACACAUUUGCUGAGUUGAGGUGACAGUAUUUCGGGGCUCCGCCCACUACCUACCGAUUGAAUGUUGCAGCUUUUGCAGAAUGAUAAACAUAUUUUACUGGUGCAAGCAUGUUCAUAAUGUAUUCUCGUGGACAGAUAUUUAAUUUUGAAUUUAAUCCAUUUAUUUACCCUGAUGACAAAAGCAAUUUUCUUUGCAAACCAACAGGUGUCGGCAGUUGAUCUAAGAAAGAGAUCUACAGACGACGGCUUAUUCAAGGGAAAUUGCACAUAAUUGCACGUUUUAAGUCUAAUGUUGAGUUGUGAUUGGAUAAAGUAGAUCAUUUAUGACAGUCUGUACCUGUAGUCUGUUAUCAAAGUGAUUGCUGUAGAAAAGAAGAAUGAAUUGGAGACUGAAAUUCAUCUUCAAUUUGCUUGCCGUUGGAAUUUGCACCAUUGCUUGUAACGGCUUUGAGCACCCUGAUUUUCAUUGGACAUUCGACUUCAACGAUGGACAGAGUACAUACGAGGUCAAAUCAGCGCUUGAAAACGUAGGAACGUUCGCAAAUGGAACAAAGAUGACCAACAGCGACGGCCGACAUGGAUUAGUGGCCUACUUCAGUGGCAACUUCUCCGGAAUCGUUAUCAAAAACGUAACAAGCAGCUGCUUUCUGGACCCUGCCACAUGUCGAACUGGGUUCAGUAUGAGCUUUUGGAUUAACUGGGUGCAGGCUAGAGAGCAGUUUUUAUUCAUGUCUCCAGCCAUAUCAGCGAAGCAUGUAAUGGCCGAAAGAAUGGUGGUCGAAAUAUGGAAUGGUAGUAAAUCAUGGACCAUUUUUCACGGAUGUUCACAAUCAGCUGGUUGGCAACAUUACAUGAUAACAUGGGACAAAGUGAAAAUGAAACUUUUUGUUGACGGUGAAGAAAAAGAGAAAGCAAUGUUGGCAGAUUUCUCUAAUGGUCUAAUUGGUAGAGGUGGCGCCACGUUUCCAACGAGACUAGCGUUAGGAAGAGCAUCCACAGACGAAAGUGUCACGAGGUUGGCUCAAGUUUACUAUGACGACUUUAAAAUAUGGGAAAGGCCGUUCAAUGAUACGGAGGUGUUGGAAAUCUACAAUACAGAAGUCUACAAAUCACAUCAGCCCAUGACAGAAGAUAUCUCUCAAGCAAUUCAAUUCACUUCAUUUGUGAGUAACACCAAAUACACAAUGAAGGCGGCCUCGGUUAUCACUGAGCAGCAAGUAGCCUGUUUAGAGGACUGCUACAGAAUCUGCUCAAAAGAACUGAAUUGCAAAUCGGUCGCUUUCAAGACAGGGCUGUCUCAAAGUAUUUGCAGAAUUAGUGACGAGCCUCUAUCAAUUGCAGAUGAAGGCGCGAAUAAUGAUGGAUUUCGAUAUAUUUUUGUUGACAAAGGCAGCUAAAAUCUAGCAUGGCUACAAUUUUCUGACUAUAAGUGAAUACAAAAUGGCUCUCGAAGCUUUUGAAUAUCAAAACUUUGUCUUUGGCGAUCUUAAAAACCUUUAAAAAUGACAAUCCACCGGAAAACUGGAUUUCUUUACUACUUAUUUGAUGAAAAUCUUGACUAAAGGAAGAUUUUCAAAACCAUAUCAUAAAUCGGGGAUUGAAUAGUUCAAGCAAUAUUUCUUAGAAUUAUAUUUUAAAAUGUAAUGGUAAAUUUCCAUCAAAUUUUUUAUAAGUACGGCCAAUAACGUGAUAAUGAACAGCAUAAGAAGUCGAAUCACUUUGUCUUGUCAACAAGAGGCCAUAUCUGGCAGGCCCAGAUUUUAUGUUGUACUAUCACGAUUCAAUAUCUGAUACGUCCAGAUUUCAUGCUGUACCUUCACUAUUCCUCAUUAUGUAGGCCUAGAUUUUCUGUUGUACUAUCAAGAUUCAAUAUCUGAUACGUCCAGAUUUUAUGCUGUACCUUCACUAUUCCUCAUUAAGCAGGCCUAGAUUUUCUGUUGUACUAUCAAGAUUCAAUAUCUGGUAUGCCCAGAUUUUAUGUUGUACCUACACGAUUCCAUAUUAAAUAGGCCCAGAUUUUAUGUUGUACUACCGUGACCUGAGUCAUUGAUACUCCAUCCACUUUCUUCAAGUGUCUAGUGCCCUUUUCUAAAAAUCCCCAUACGAAAGUUAGAACCCCCCAAUCCACUGUUCUAAAUUUUCAAGAACCCUGUCUUAAAAUUAUAAAGACACGUCAGUUUUCUUGCUAAAUCUAAACAAUUAAGUUAAUAUCAGGCAUAUGUUGCUUCGGAACAGAAUAAAAAAGGCCUUUAUAACCUUGUCAUCAUUUCAAUUUUUUCAGAUUGUAUCACCUUAAUAUACAAGAAUGUAUUGCGAAUAUAUUGUAAAAUGUAUUGCGACGAAUGUUUUGUGACGAGUUCGAAUAUAUUGUAAAAUGAUCGGUUUUGUAAAUAACGAGACAUUAUAGCAUGGCACUAAAGUAGCUUUGGACGAAUAAUUCGUCAAAUUAAGAAACCUAUAUUCUUAUAGAAAGAGUAUGAACACUUGAAUUAGCUUAUCCAAAAUGUUUAAUUUUUUUUGAACUGCUUGGAUCA